AUGUACUCCGCUCAGCAACCCAGCGCUGAUAAUGCGACAAUCAAUCCAGCUGCGCUCAGCUCACCUGUCAUAGGUCUGACGCAACAACCCCAACGCACACUGAAGCGCAGUCAUUCUCCUGGAGUUUACGGCGCGCCGCAGCUUGGCGAUGACGGUGAUACAAAACCACUUCGAAAGAAGGCAAGACCGAUGAAUAAACGAUCAACGGGGAGCAUUUCCGAGGCUCCCGGCCAGGCCGCCGGCUCGACCCUUCCUCAGACUAUUCCUCCACCGCAGACUCCCCAGUCUCAAGGCUCAGCGCUGCCGCAAACGAGCCCUGCCUAUACGCCGCAGACACAGAUGCCCCCAAAGACAACUCCGACAAAGUCAACACUGAAGGCUCUGCCCACUGUGCGAGACCACACGACCGACCAGCUCAAUCCGACUGGAGAUGAGUAUAUACCCCGUGAAAUUGAUGAGUUCGGAGAGAAGAAAGUCCAACUCAACGGUACGCUCAACGGAGGACGUGAAUACAAGUGCCGAACAUUCUUGGUCCCUAACCGCGGGGAUAAAUUGUUCAUGUUGGCUACCGAAUGUGCUAGGGUUUUGGGUUACCGUGAUUCGUACCUCUUAUUCAACAAGAACAGGUCUCUGUACAAGAUUAUCGCAAGCCAGGCUGAAAAGGAUGACUUGGUUGGGCAAGAAAUCCUCCCUUUCUCGUAUCGAUCCAGGCAGAUUGCCAUCGUCACCGCCAGGUCCAUGUUCCGACAGUUUGGAAGCCGUGUGAUUGUCAAUGGCCGCAGAGUUCGCGAUGACUAUUGGGAAACCAAGGCCCGGAAACAGGGAUUCACUGAGGCUGACCUUGCCGGUGAGAAGCGCCCCGGUGCUACGAAGGCGAGAGAGGCGGCCGAGGCCCAGCAGAACAACGUCUUGUUAGCUGGUCCCCAUCCAGAGAUUGUGUAUAGCAACAACCCAGGACCGUUCCCCGGCCCCCCGCAGCCGCACCUCGUUCAACCAGGUAUGAUCGGACCACCACCCGGAACCACGACAAGAAUGCCCGGAUUGACACUAGGAUCAGACCUAAGCGACUCCCGGCCGCGCGAUUAUUCCGGAAUUCUCAAAGGCGGACCUCGUCAGGAGAUCACCGGCCCUGCUUACCAAGACCAGACCCGUCCCUCGCCCCUCGGGGAGCUCAACGCCCAGGCCCAUCAUGCCGCAGAUUUCAACAGGUCAGUUAAUCAACAGCGGGAUAUGCGCAACGACUAUCUCCAAGGCGUUUGGCGACGCCCACAUGAACAGCCCCCCUCCAAUCUGACCCAGCAGCCUGUGGCCUCAGCCGACAGUUCCAACACGGCGACUAGUAGGCCUUCACACUCACCUCAUACUACGGCUACUGCCAUGUCGCAGCAGCCUGGAUUGGUUUCCACUCAGAGCCCUCAAAUGAUGAUGACCACUGCGCCCUACUCCCAGUCAAUCAGCGCGCAGAGCAGUCUCAGCCAAGCACCCAUGAGGGGUAUGGCUCAAUCACCCACGCAAUCAAUCAGACCAACACUUCCCGGUACAGGGGGCUCCAUGUCUCAGGGAACGCCUGGUUACAACUACCAAUCGGGUCAGAUGUGGCCGCAGACUCCACAGGCGCCCCAGCAUGGCUACGGCAGCUACACUGCUCAAUCCCAAGCACCUCACCCGUCGCAGUCGCCUUCGCAUCUCCGUCAAGGGAGCUCGGGCCAGAUGCAAAGUAUGCAGUUCCCUGGCAUGGCUGGUAUGCAGUAUGGUGCGGGUCAGAGCAUGUAUCCUGCAGAUCAAACGCCUCGCCAAUACAUGCCUCAAGGUGGCGCUGGUGGACCAUCAGUCUCUCAAGGCUGGUCCGGCCAGCAUUCACCAGCCCAGCAGUGGUGGACUCCAGGGCAGCAACCUCAAUAA